GUUUGUCUAAAAAUUCUUAGGUGAGGAAUUUAUUUUCACUGAAGCCACCUUUGUUCCCAUUAUUGCAAGCAGAGCUUCCUUCUAUCCUCUUUUUUAAGACUGGAGAAGACUGCAAAAAACUCUUCUGCGCAGUGUGUCUAAGCCAGAUGAUGUGAACAACAGGAAGCAGAUGGAUGGAAGAAUACGUUUGCUAACAGCCAAAAAUACUGGAGGCCUUAUUUCUUCCUCGAAUAUUUCCAGCUAUACCACUGUGAGUUUUUAAAAUGACAAAAAGUGCAUGAUCUUCCGCGUGGCCACGUGAGGGCAGACGGCAACCUGUCUUCAUGCAAUACAGAAAUACAGAGCAAUACGAAGACUUGGUGUAGAACGCUUCUGAGGGUGGCCCUUGGCCUCUUCUGGAUCCAGCAGUGUACUGCAGGAUGACUGAGGUCUCUCACUCCAACUACAGUGGGCACUCCAGGCAAGGUCCUAAACUGAAAUCCAAAGUUGAAAUGCCCCUGAAUGCAGGUGGGUACAACUAUUGAAAGCAGGGCUUCUAUUCUUUGUUAAGGGCUAAUGUUAAAUGCAAAAAGUUGCCUAGAUAAGGAAGAGAAAAGCAAAAUGUGGGAAUCACUUGAAUUAGAAUAUUAUCCCGCUUUCCUAACAUCUGCUAAUCCAGGCACUGGAAAAGGUAAGAUAUGAGUAGAAGUAUUCUAGUGAUUCUGGGAAGAAAUCCAAUGGGCCUUGGCAUGUUCAUGUGAUCUGUGUCCAUAGCAGAGAUUCUGCUUUUAGCAUGCGUGCCUGUUUGGGUCUACUAUAUUGCAAGAUGAACUUUACUGUGGACUCACUUGACUGUACUGACACCACCUCCAUUGGCUAUGAGGAUGUCUCUGAGGCGAUACCCGCAUGGCAAAUACACGCAGUCAGACAGAGAAAUCCUGCUCCAGAUAACCCACAAACUUCAGCUAGGAGCAGUGUGUCACUGGAAAUGCACCUUUGAAUUUCAGACAUUAGCCAAACACCUGCUUUUUGGAACAUCUCCAAAAACGUUGUGAAACAGGUCAGCCUGUUAGCUGACCAUCCUCUCUCUGAUGCCUGUCAAAGUGGAAGUGAAACGUGAAAAAGCAUGCAGUGAAACAAAAUAAGUUGGAGGAUGCAGACUAGGCCCAUAUCUCUGGUGGAUCAGAAAAGACGUUAGGUGUUCAUUCACUAUUAAAGAGGUUUCACCCACUGGCCAGAAUCCAUCCUUAUUCCACAGGCACUGAAACCUCUGGGUCUGCACACACUAUUUGAUGUUAUUGGUUGAAAUCAUGGUCUGUUUGGAAGUAGGUAAGAAUGAGAAGAAACCACUAAACAUGACCUAGCUUCCUGGACUCCGUAUUACUUCCAAACUGCCUUUGAGUAUAUGCCUUUUGAAUUAAAGAAAGCAGAAGAUAAUCUUCCAGAUGACCACAAGAGGGCAUAGUGCAGCUUGCCUAUUACUUGGUAGGUAACAAAACUGGUUUUCACUCAUUGGUAACUGGAAGUUGCAGAUUUCAUUUGUUUUCCUGCUGCCAAGACAAGUGAACCAACGGAAGUGAAAAACGACUCCUUGGAGUGGAACCUGAAAUGUUUAGGUAGGCUGCUCAGCACAGGUAUUCCUUGUUUGCAAGGUAUUCCAUCGCCACCAGUGGAGAAGAGUGAAACAUUUUUGUUUUGAUUUGUUAUAAGCUAGGAGUCUGAUUCGUAGGGCACGUAGGAACUCUUGAAGGAAAGUUGCUAGUGCUUGCCUUUAGGCAGAAGCACAGAAGAGAUCAUUUUCAGAGUGCAUCUACUGCAGUGUAAGUUGGCUGCCAGCAGAGAAAGCAAGUCCCGCUUGUCCUCCUUCCCCAGCUGCACGUUCCUGCCACUCUGCGUGUGUCAGAUCUAGUGAUUGUGCAGUUGCAGGAGGGGUUAGAUAAACGAGCUGAUCCGACAGAAAACUACGCUGCCUGAAAAGUGACUCACCCUCCGUUGGCGUGGCCGAUUUCCCUGUGGUGGCACAUGGCAGGGCCAUUUGGUGGCAGCCUGAAGUUACUUCUCAUUACUCGGUGCAUGAAAUCACAACCUAAGGAUGGGGGUUUGUCCAGUUGUAGCUGUGGGCUGUAGUGGGGAGGGGUGGUCAUGCUUCUGGUCACACAGUUCUGCCCCCUGCCCAGUGUCUACUGCUCCAACAGAAAACAACUCACUGGAGGGGAGAGGGUGGCUGAAAUACCUGUGGAGGUAAAAGGCAGAAGAAUGCUAUUGAGGAGGAGAAAUGUGUUUGUGCGCUGCUGACAUUCCCUCCAGCAAACCUAGAAGCCUGUACAGUGUGCUGUUUUUUGAAGACAUGUGCUGAAGGACACAGCAUCUGCAAGUGUGAGUCUAGUAGCACUCUCACAUUUGGUUUGUGUCCACUAGAUGAGGUGAUCAAGACCAGCAGCGUGGAUCUUAGCUUUGCAUAGUUUACCUGCUUUUAAUAAUAUUUGCCUCUGGCCUGCUGGGUGUUGCGUCCUGCUAGUACCAAAGUUUUGGGCACUCUCUCCUUCCAUGUUCUGAGCAUCCUGAGUGGGCUCUUCUCCUCAGCUGCCUCCUGAGGCAUUCGUGUCUUGCCACAGCCUAUGAGCCAACUCUCCAUGCAUUGUGCUGCCUCAGAUCUGCUUGUUGCUGCUCCCCUAGGGAUCCACACCAGGCUGGGAGGCUGUCUGCCAGGAAUCUCACCUUCCUGCUCCCUUGCUGUUGUCCCCUCUGUGCUGACAUACAGUGAGCUCAGCUGGCUUUGCUCUGUCUUCACCUGAACCUACUGCUUCUCUGUGACUGAGGCUGGGGACAGUGUCCAUGGUGCAUGGUUCAUGCUGUGUAAAGACUCAGGUGGUUAUGGCAUCCAGCAGCUUUUGCAGAGGGCACCAUGUCCUGUAACGUCCAAGCUGUUGUGUUAUGCACUCUGCCAACCUAUCUGAUCUCAUCAUAAAUGGGAAAUCAGUUUUGAUCUCCGUAAUGACGCUGCAAAUCCAGUUUCUCUAGUCAAACUGUGCGUCGCUGAACUGAUGAGCCUGCUCUUGCAAAGGGUAUGCUAUAAACCAAUGUGUCUGUGGCAGGCUUCACGUCGCCCAUCCUUAGACCAGGACAAUCUGGAGCUGGAUGCAUGUGUAGUUGUCUACAUUGCCUUUCUGCCUAUAAGGAGAAAAGGGCAUUUGGGGAGUAUGCUUCAAGUCACUCAAAGCUAGCCUUUUAAAAUAGGUCAGAUGAAUUACACCUAGAAGACCCAUCCUCUAUUUUGUGCGAAGCAGGUGGCAUUAGAGCGAUAGUUUGGAUGUAGACAGCUACGGUGUGGUUGCGUAAAGCUGGGGAAUUUAUUCUGUCCUGAGAGCUGUGUGCGUGAAAUGCUUCAAGGCAUUGUAAGCUUUUGGGUCAAGUGUUGAGGGCACUGGAGGAGUCCUACCUCUGGCCUCAAAAGGCACAUUUCCAGAGCGUAUUUAUUUAGAUAGCUGUGGUUAAGACUUUCAAUGGCAUGGGCUGAGGAAUCCAGUUCCUGAAAGAAUGCCAGACUUCAACUUUGAGCUCUCCAUGCUUUUUUUCAGCAGAGCUAUACGUUAUGUCAUAUCACAGUUCUGCUAGUAUGUUCUAUGUUUGUCUUUCUUUCCAUCAGAAGUAUAAUUUUGUAUUUCCAUGUUUUUAUGCUUAAUUUUAGCUCUCCUCUUCUGCUGACUUUUCAAGGGGUUCUGGAGAAAUUACAGCUCAGUCGGGGAAAUAAUUGUGCCUUUGACUGUCUCAGUGAUCCACCACCCAUUAUGAAAGAUGAGCGUCAUCACUCAGGGCGUUAAUGGUGGCAUCGCAUGUUUUGAAGAUGUGUCAACAAGGAAGAGGAACAAGCUGAUUCUUCUGUGUUUAAUUUCUUCCUGAAUUUGUGUUGUAGAUAUGAGAAUAAGCCUCUGGGAUCCCAAAUUGUGUAAGGUAUGCAUGAGGUGACACCAAGACACGUUUCUGGGAAGAACACAGGAGUUGGUGCUUUUGGAAAAUGAUCCAAGGAAGACAGGUUUUUUUUGAUUAACCCUCCACACUUAUGUAAGCCAAUAUUAAACUAGGACUAAUUCCUAGGGAUUUGCAGUGUCUCCAAGAUAGACUGGCAGCUGCCUGUAGGUAGACUCCUUGCAGGUCAGGCUCUUUAGUCAGUAAACGCUGAGCUUCAAGCUGGCACUCUUUCAGUCACAUCUUGGAGAAGCUAACAGUGAACUUUGUUAACGUUCCUGUACCACGUCACCAACUUGCACGUUAACCUCCAACUCUUGUCUUGCCCUUGCCAUUUGAGGUGGAAAAUUGUGCCUGUUUUGGCAGAAGAGUUGGACAGUGUGUUUUUCGUCCUGCUCCUGAGGAGGGGAAUGGACAAGUGUGGAGUUAAGCUCAGGAGGGAUCUGGAGCAAGGGAAGGACCUGGACAAUGUGCCUCUGCUAGCAUUUUUUGCUGGGGCACUGGUGCUGACUACCCUCUUUGCAAGCCGUGCUGUUCUUGUGGUGCUAGUGCCUAGCUGAACCAUUUGACUCUGGUAGAAGGCUGCAGAGAGCGUAUAGAGGCCAGGUCAAAAGUAUAGAAAAGAGAUUUUUAAGAAUCCAAGCUUGUGAGCAACCCGUAGAUGCCCUGGGGUACCUCCAGUGUUACAUGGGAGGGUCAGAUGGGAAGAGAUGGAACCUCCAUCCUGGAGAAGCGAGGGAAGGUUAGACACUGCUCCUGCAGUCGAGGGAGUUGUAGUUUGGGUGUUUAGAGAAGUCUUAAUGUCCUUACUGAAGCAAGGUCUUCUCCUGAUGCACUUACUGUGUUGUGCCAGUCUACACCGGAUUGCAUAAUAUGGUCCUGCCCAUGAUCAAAAUUAUAGCAUGUUCUUCCCCAUCAGAGUUGGAAGUGAUGGGCAGGAGGAGGGGAGUAGGUUCCACGUUGGUGCAAGCUGUAACAUCAAGCCUCUUGAUUGCUUUUCCAUGGCAUGGCUUCCCCUCUCUGCCUGCAGUAGGGAGCUUUUAUCAGGCUGGGGACACACAAUACUGAUUUUGUCCUCCACUAGCCCUCGUUUUCUUUCUUGCUAGUGGUGCUGAGCCUGCUCUUAUCCUUCCUACUAUCCGUUUUAAUUAGAAAAUAUUACACCCCACAGCUUGGGUUUGUGAUGAUGGAUGCCGAGGACAUCACCAAGGACCAAAUAGGAUGACCAGCAAACUCAGUUAAUGAGUAGAAGGCUACUGAUCUUUUUAGUUAGCAGCUGUGCAGGUGCAAGAAGAAGGUGCAGUGAGACAUGCACAUUGUGACAGCAAAAGCAUACACAGAGGCAGCAGCUGAGCACCUGAUUUGCCCCUAAUGAAGCAUGUGCUUUUUGUCCUUCCUUGGGCCUGGCUGUGCUUCAUGCCAACCAGGCAGAAAAGGUCCACGUGAAAUCAGGUACAACAUCUGAAACUAUUUUUUAUUUUCAAGUGGGGAAAUACGGCCUGUUCUGCCUAGCUCAGACCACUAUGGGAGAGCAGUGUUGAGCUCUUUCCAGUGAAGCAGGGAACAGGGAAAGGGCAACUCUAGGUGCUUGGGUGGGAUCUACAGGCCCUGCAAGAGACAAGCCCCAGGCUGAUGGGAGCCCUGGGUGGGCAAUACUGAAGGUCUCUGUGCUGCCUUUUACUGAAAAGGUAGAACCAGCUGUUGCCACAUCUCUCUGCAGCUGAGGGGUGUCUAGAAAGCUUCCUCAGACCCAUCUCAAAUGAUAACCUUUCCCUGCCUUCAGCCCCUGUGUCCCCUGCACAUGCCAAGGCAGAGGAAGAACCAUGGUUGUCUCUCUGGUUGCGAUUACUGCUGCUGGGCUUGUAAUUCUCAUUGCUGGCCCUGAACAGCAGCUGCACUGUCCCAUCAGGGCCUGAGUGUCUUUCAGUGGGCACUGUCCUCUAGUCCAAAAGGACAUUGCAGUGCAGGCUAGUGCUGUGAUUUUAGCUCGCGUGCUGUCAUAUUUGCUUCCCCAGUGCUGCAGGAUAACAGGCCAUCCUUGACUUUGGGCGCUACGACUUUUCUUUACAACACUUUUCUUGACCUCUAUUUGCAGAGGACAUCAUUUCUUUCACUGUAGUCCCUGUUGCCCCAGGAUCUCAACUCCUGAAAAUAAGCCAAGACAAUAAGGUUUCAAACCAUUCCCUUGCAUUCUUUCCCCUCUCCCCCAUGAUAUUUUAACAUCUUCUCCUUGUUUUGUAGAGAAACUUGACAUACCAUGUUCUUCCUACCAGCCUAUUAAACAUGUACUGCCUGUAUGGAAGAGUCUGGCUGUAGUAGUAACCAUGCCUUUUCUGGCUGGCUUUGCCCCUUGCCCUGCAAGAUGCUAGAUGGAUUUCUGCUAAACAAAUUGCGAGUUCUUCCAAGAGCCUGUUGGCACCAGAAAAGACCAAGCGUUUGGCUGCUCCCUGCGUCUGCUCGUCACAUGUUCAGAGAGUUCUUUGGAAACCAGACAGCCAUUAAUUACAGCCCCAGUGAGAUGGGUUAAGCUUUCCUCUCUUCUGAUAGAGAUCUCCUGAGGGCUUCUUUAAUGGCUCUGUCAGAUGAUUCUGCAUUCCUACAUGGAGCAAUUAAUUACUCAUCCCAUGUAGUUUGCCCACUGAUUGAGUGAGUUCUUCCACAAGAUAUGGCACUAGUUGAUGUUCCACGAUGCUUGACGUUUUCUUCCUGCUUUAGUUUGGCAUCCGGCAGCAGCAAGGCUUAUGGAGGUCUCAAGGAAGGACCCUUCUUUCCAAAGCACUUCUCUCCCACCCUUGAACCCCUUUAACUGAGGUCUCUGCUAUUCCCACAGGUAUUUUGUGGCAGUUGGUCCAGUUUGCAUGUCAUCCACCUGCACUGGUGCCGUGCGGUGUUAGUGUUUGCCAUGGGCUUUGGAUUUUUGUUGACCAGAAUGGAUAGCUGUGCGCUGUUAAUAAUUUGUCUGCUAGCUCUCAUUGUCUAGGUACUGAGGCGUUCACUGAUCAUCUUGGAGUUGAUUUCCCAAAUUGAGAUUUUGAUGCCUUUCCUCUCUUCCAACUAUCUUCCAGAAUGCAAUCUGCCCUCCAAGGCAAACCCUGGGUGCAGUUUCCCAGUGGCCUGAUGGGAAGCCCACUCUCUGGAUCCAGCUGUUCCUUGUAGGGUGUUCUGGCACCCAGUCAGGUCCAUCUUGCAAGUACCCACCGGAGCUGCGCUUUGGGGCAACGGGCAAAGAGGGAAGAUUACUGUGGCCAGCGGUCCUGAAGCAGACUGGCCAUGUUCCUGUCGCUCAGAGCUGUCCAAGCAGCUGGGCAUGGAGACAUCUCUGUCAUUAGUUUUCCAUGGCAUUGUUCUACUUCAGUGAGACUUGCUUUCUCCUCCCCACCCCUAACACUGGUACAUAAGGCCCCCUCAGAGCAGCCUCUGCACAGCGCAUCCCGUUCCAGUGAGGCAGACAACAAGCUGCACCUCCAGUUCCAGCACCUUUGCUCUUGGUGAGAGUGAACCUGAAGACCUUCAGCAUGGGUAAGAAAUACUCUGCAGCCUCCACUCAGCCUCCAGCAGCUCAAAGCCAUGUAGCUUUGAUUUAUGGCUCCAUGCUGGAUCCUGCUCUAGCCACUGUCUCAGGGCUGUAGACAUCGCAUCUUGAAACUUAGUCCCACUUGCGGACUGGUAGGUUUGUUCCUCUCCAGCAUUGCAGGGAGGGAAUGCUCCCUGCGAAGGCGAAGGGGAGGCUGAAGUUUAGCAUUGUGUCUGACUGGUACAGAAGGUUCAUUUCUUUUAGUUACUACCCUGGUUCUGGGAGCUUGUAUGUGCCUUGAAAAGCUCCUUCCGUUUGGCCAUAGCGUCUGUGCUGAGGGGAGCCUCACUUUCUUCUGGGGAAAUGCAGCUCCCUCUUCAGGGAGACGAGAUCCAAAACUUACUUUCCAAAACUUAGUUUCCCAGCUUUGCUUUCCAAAACUUCCUUUCCAGGCUAGACCUUUAGACCUGGUUAUUAGUGUAAACUCUCUGUCCCUCACAGUCGAUGGGGAGGGGAUCGCUGAGGAGCUCAGAAGAUGCAGAAUGGAGCUGAGAAGUGUUUUUAUCUGUGAUACCCCUGGUGACUCUUUAGGGAGGAUUUCUGUCUUUUGUCACUACCAAAACAAAGGUAGAUGCUGGUCACAGAGGGCCCCCUUGAGAGCCAGGGUGGGAGAAGGUCCAUCUGGCGGGACAGAACCUUCUGAAAAGGUAUCCUUAAAGGAGGUGGAAAUCUCAUUUUCUUCUUCUCUUCUUCUCAAAUCAGACCGAUGCAGAGUUCAGUGCAAGGCAUACACAAGCUGCCCAGAAGUUGUGAAAGGUCCCAGAGAGGAGCUUGCAUAUGUGACCUGUACCUACAGGGAAACAGGUAUCGACCAACCUGACUUCCUGGCCACCAUCGAUCUUAACCCCAGAUCUCCAUAUUAUUGCCAGGUGAUCCACCGCCUGCCUAUGCCCAACCUCAAAGACGAGCUGCAUUGCUCAGGGUGGAAUGCUGGAAGCACCUGCUUUGACAGUAUCACAACAAGAAGGAACAAGCUGAUUCUUCCCUGUUUGAUUUCUUCCCGCAUUUAUGUGGUGGAUGUGGGUACACAGUGCCGGGCUCCCAAACUGUGUAAGGUGAUUGAGCCAGUGGAUGUCUUCUGGAAGUGUAACAAGGGCCAUCUCUGUAUAGUUCAUAGCCUGCCUAAUGGUGAUAUCCUGAUUUCCAACAUGGGAGAUCCAGCUGGCAAUGGAAAAGGUGGUUUUAUUGUCCUGGAUGGAGAGACCUUUGAACUGAAGGGGAACUGGGAGAACGAGUGUGGGGUCCCCCCCACUGGACAUGACUUCUGGUUCCAGCCACGCCACAAUGUUCUGAUAAGCUCUGCUGGAUUAGUCCCAAAACGUGCCGGACUUGGAUUUAAUCCAGAUGACCUGAAGAAGGGGGUCUUUGGGCGCCGCCUGAAUGUGUGGAACUUGUCCUGCCAUACCCUCAUCCAGUGCUUUGACCUGGGGGAGGACUCUCUGCCCUUGAGUGUUAAAUUCCUCCACAACCCCGAUGCUGCUGAGGGAUACGUCAGCUGUGCCCUGAGUGGCAUCGUCUAUCGCUUCUACAAGAAUGAGAGAGACUGCUGGGCAGUAGAGGAGGUGAUUCAGAUCCCAGCCAAGGAGGUGAGGGGAUGGAUUCUCCCCAAAAUGCCAGCUCUCACAGCCAACAUUGUCAUCUCGCUGGAUGACAGGUUCCUGUAUCUCAGCAACUGGCUGCAUGGAGACAUCCGCCAGUAUGACAUCUCCAAUUCCUGCAAGCCCAAGCUGGUGGGACAGGUGUUUGUGGGAGGCAGUAUCCUCAGAGGUGGGCCUGUGACUGUGUGUAGAGAUGAAGAGCUGAAGUGGCAGCCGGAGCCCUUGGUGAUCAAGUGCAAGAGAGUGUAUGGCGGUCCUUAUAAAAUGCAGCUUAGUGUGGAUGGCAAGAGGCUGUACGUCACCAACUCCUUCUACAGCACAUGGGACAAGCAGUUCUACCCGGAUGUGGUCAAGGAAGGCUCUGUCAUGCUGCAGAUUGAUGUGGACACUGAGAAUGGUGGCCUGACCGUGAACAAGAACUUCCUGGUGGAUUUGGGGAAGGAACCCUGUGGGCCUUGCCUUGCUCGUGAUAUCCACUUCCCUUGCGGAGAUUCCACCUCUGAUAUCUCAGCCUAGGCACCAUGUGAAAGAUUCCCUUCUUCUCUCUCUCCUUUAGUGCAGAUGUUAGGAAAAGAGUGUUGGUAACUGGGUCGGGGAUCCCCAUUCACUACUGGAAAUCAAAUUGCUGUUAACAUGACCUACAGACGCUAUGCCUUGUUGUGAGGGUUUGGUUCGAGUAGACCAGUGAAUAAAGUCACGAGGCCUGGGAUUAAUCUUGCUGGACUGUGUAUCUAAGCAGUGAGCCCAGGCACCCUUUGCGUUCAGUGCAAGGAAAUAAUCCCUGGGCAUGGUUUAGAGAUCAGAGGCCAGGGCACUUGCUCAGAUAUAGAGCUCUGUGGCACACACUGCCUUUUGGCAUAUGCCUGCAUACCCACCAUGCCUGCAUACCUUCCUUGCUACAGGCCUGUCACAUGGCUGCCCUGAUGUUUCCAGCUUGUUAGCUGUUGCUCUCUAGUACCAGAGCCUGGUGGGAAACUGUUGAUCACACUCUGUUGUGAUUCAGAGCUUUUUCACAUUUGAAAGCGAAGGCAAAAGAAAGUGAAGUGCCCACUUCAUUGGAGUUACUGUUCUUCAGCCAGGUCAUACCUGGAUAGUCUUCUCCUGGCAUGAGAGUGUUUUUGGCUCAUGUGUCGAGAGGUUGGGCUGGUAUGCGUUAGAGCUGAAGGAGGGUGUGCAUGUAUUCUGAAAAGAGGUGCCUGUUUCCUGACAGUGGUUUGUAUGAUUGCUUUUGUAUUCUCCCGCUUUAAACACUAAUAAAAUUGUUCUUGGCAUCA